UUAAGUUACGGAGGAAGCGCCGAGCGCGGCAGCCACCGCCCGUGGCGAGAGGAAAGACGCGGCCGGGGACGCAGCGCACCGCUCGGUCAGACGGGGCAGCCGCUCCCAGCCCUUCUCGCUAACGGACACACCGGGCACAGCUCCGCGCCUGCACCGGCACCGAGCGCAGCGCGCCUGACACAAACCGCCGCCGCUUCCCUCACCCAGCAAAGAGCCGGGACUUGUGGCAGGAGCUGGGACACGAGCUGGGGCUGCAGCCGGCGCACGGGCAGGAAAACGGGCAGAAGCCGGGACGGGAGCAGGAGCACGGGCACGGGGCGGAACUGCACGCCCCUACCAGCCACGGCUAAGCAUCCCCUCGGCCCACAGCGCCACUCCCGCCCAGCCCUGCCGGUCACGCGCACGCCCAGAGGCUCCCGCCGCGCAGGCGCAGCGCACCCCAGGCCGAGCGCACGCGCAGGCGGGCGGGCCAAGUCGGGUGGGGCGGGGGAAGGGAUGAGUUCGGGUCCCGUCGCGCACGCGCGCUCGCUCUCCCGAGGAGCAGGCGCAAUUCCCACCCAUCCCGUCCCGGCAAGCUGGCCGUGUGCCGCGCAGGCGCAGUCGAGCCCCGUUCGGGAACGUUCUGAGUCGCACCAACCUUCCUCUGCACGGGAAAUCGUGUCAGGUGCCCACUUUCACCGCUGUCUCCUGUUCUGCCUGCUCCUGCUUUUCAGCAUGGUAAAGAAGAAUACUAUUCCCGAUGGGUGGCGGAGUUUGACACCAGUUGGACAGCCUAUAGCAGGAACCAGAUUUAUUGCAUUCAAAGUACCUUUAAAAGGGGCAAUUAACCAGAGGCUUACCCCAUCACAGAAAUUUACACCAAAAGACUUGAUUGCUGCAAUGAAAGCCCAAAAUGUGGAGCUUGGAUUAAUUAUUGAUUUAACAUAUACCACACGAUACUAUGAAGUUAAGGAUUUACCUAAAAGCGUGCAGUACAAGAAACUUUAUACUAUUGGACUUGAAGUCCCUGAUAAUGCUACUAUCCUACAGUUCAAAAAAUGGGUCAGAAAAUUCCUAUGGGAAAAUGCAGGAAAUGUAAAGACUUUGUUUUCCUUUUUGAUAGAGAAACUCAUUGGCGUUCACUGUACUAAUGGAAUUAAUAGAACAGGCUACCUUAUAUGUAGAUAUCUUAUAGAUGUUGAAGGCUGGGAUCCAGAGGCAGCAAUCCAAGCUUUUGGUGAUGCUAGAGGUCAUCACAUGGAUGGUCUUGUGUAUCUCACAGAUCUCAGAACACAACCAAUGAGAAGUAACCUCGGAAUGGAUGUUUGGGAUUCAGAUGAAGAUAUCAUUCCUCCACCACAUGCAGUGGAAGGACCUAUAGAACGGUUCCCAAAUGAAGAUUUUCAGGGGUCUGGGAAAAGAUUAAGAAUUUAUGAUGACCACUCUCACAAUGAUUUGCAAGGACAGAUACAGUUAAGAGAUUUCGAUUUUAUUAAUAAGGGACUUGGACAAAGACGAAGACCAUUUCAUGACCAUCAGACUCAAGAUGAUUUAAGAGCACCAAUGCAGACAAGAAAUUGGGACUACAAUAGAGGACAGGGACAGAGGCGAAGACCCUUUCCUGAUCACGAGUUUUAUGAUGAUUCUCAAGAAGACCUGCCCCCGAAGGACCUAGAAUUCAGUAACGAGGGACCUGGACAAAGGUUGAGGCCUUUCCAUGGACGCCAGUUUCAUGAUGAUUUACAGGCAGAGGGACAAUCAAGGGGCACUGAAUUUAACAGAGGCCGUGGACAGAGGCAGAGAUCUUUUCCUGACCAUCCAUCCCACAGUGAUUUGCAGGAAGACAGGCAGUCAAAGGAUUUUGAUUUUGGUAGCAGAGGCCGUGGCCGGAGACGAAGACUGUUUCAUGACCAUCAAUCUCGUGAUGAAUUUCAGGCUCAGAUCCAGUUGAAAGAGUUAGAUUGUGUCAGCAAAGGUCCUGGCCAAAGAGUGAGAUCUUUCCAUGACUAUCAGUCACAUGAUGACUUACAGCCACAGAUGCAAAUGGGAGAUCUUGAAUUUGUUAAUAGGGGUCAUGGGCAGAGGUUGAGACCUUUCAAUGAUCACCAGCCACGCACUGAAUUAAAAACAGAGGUGCAACUAAAAGAUUAUGAUAAUAAAGGCCCUGGACAAAGGCACAGACCUUUUCAUGACCAUCAGCCUUAUGAUGUCGUACAGGAAGAGGCUCAGUUAAAAGAUUUUGAUUAUGUUAGUAAAGGUCAUGGACAAAGGUCAAGACCUUUUCGUGAUCAUCCAGGUGACAAUGACUUGCCACGUGAAUGGUGUUCAGACAGAAGUCAAUCUUUUUCUUCCCAUGAAAAUGUACCAGAACCUCAUUUCUCCUCAUCUCCUUCACUUCACAGAGAUUAUGGGUCUAGUAAUGAUGACUUUAACAGAAGUUAUAGUAAUCGACCAAAUUGUCCUGAAGGGAAUAGAAGAAUACAUCCCUCAGGUGAAUUUAAUAGAGGAAAACACAGAUUUGCACCAUAUUCUUCGCGAACAACGCAUCCAUCUUCAUCUGUACACCAAGAAGAUAGUUCAGUAGACUAUGAAAGAAAACCUGUUCAAGGUGAAACUACCAGAGAGAUGGAACAAAGCAAAAGAUUACCAGUUGUAACAGUUGACUACAAUUAUGGCCUGCCAUUAGAUUAUGGAGCUGAAAAGGAAGAGAGAACACAUUAUGGUUUACUUCCAAGACAGCGCUACAACUGGAACUGAAUAAAAAGGAUGAUGCUUGCUCAGAUUAGACAUACUUUUACCCAUUUUACUUUGUAUGUGGACCAAUAUUUUUUUUUUUUUUAGCAAAUUAGGAAAAUGCAAAUUUCAGUAGUAGAGAACUGGUCUCUAUUGUAAGAUUAGCUUCUACUGAUGUUUGGUUCUUGAAAUUUAUUAGUGUGUAUUUGUUAUGUGUAGUUGGAGACAAGGUCUCGGUACACAUGGAAUUAAAGUAGUCCUUCCUUUCAGUGGAAUUGGAACCCCAUACCUUAAAACAAACAACUUUCCAAGUGACUGUAGUUGUGUCUUUUGUUUUACGUUUCUUUAAAAUGUAUGUAGUUUCUGGAUGCAGAAGACAUAAUAAAAUACUGCACUAUGAGGUAACUAGCAUUAACAUUGUAGAAAAAAUACUAUGAAACGAAUGAAGUAAAGUUAUGUCCACAUCAUUCUUUAAUUUGAAAAUAACAGUUGGAAUUAUUGCUAACAGUCUCCGUAGCAUUGCAGUUUAGUUCCAGAUUUUCCAUACCAUUGACAGAACUGACCUAGCUGCAUUCUUUUUUUCAUAGCAGAAUUUUUCCCAGAUUGCUAAAAGCAUGAAUGGAGUUUGGAUACUCUGUCAGUCUUGCUUUUCAGUAAUCGGAAUAUCCCAUUCUGAUUGCAUAUUUUUUCCUGAUCCCAUAGGUUAUAUAUGUUUCAGAAUAGCCCAGUGCAGGCAACUUCACAAUUUUCUCAGCAGCACUUCCAAAUGAGGUACCUCACAUAUCAUUGUCUUGCCUGUCUCACUUGGCCAAGAUCACUAGUGCCUGUGUACUUACACCCUCCUGUUUGUCAGUUGCAUCUGUCUUAUUCUCACUUCUAUUUUAUACGCGUUUUUACAGCAUAGCAGAGUAAUGUAAUUAGAAUAGAAUGACUUCUUCGAGUAGGUUACUUGUAGGAGUCAAGUAUUGGAGGGUCUCCUCUGGACUCCCAGUUCAGUGGAUCUCAAGAAGGCAGUGCAGUUAAAGAGUAACGAAAUUUGUGCCGGCUGCUCAGUAGCACCAACAGCUCCUACUGUGGAAAUCUUAAUUCAUAGGAUGGAAAACAGUAUUAAUGCAAUAUUUGGGUAAAUUAAAAACUAUACACUUUUCAUUAUUAUUAAAUGUUCAUAAAUUAAUACUUUUAAAGGGAUCACAGUGAAUAAGGAUAAAGCCAGACCAUGAUAUUAAAAUACACAAUUAAAAUGAUUUCUAGAUACUUAAGUCAUGCAGCUAAGAAACUGCCUCAAAAACAGUAUAGCUGUAAAGCAUAAAACAAGAAAGAGGUUGGAGGUCUGCACUAGGAAACUGCAAAAACCUUCAUAGUGUUCAUAGCCAGAACCCACAGAUUGCUUUUGCCUUUUAACUAACAGCAUAAAAAAAUUUCUGAAUUCAUGGUUCUAUAGCUACUAAAUAAGGACUAGAUCUGGUAAGCGGAACAUCUGGCAACUCCUGUUGUUUUGUAAUGCAUGCAAAAAGUUUCCAAAAUCCAAGCAUUCUGUGGAUAUAAAUUCUACUCUGCAAAUGCUUCAUUGUCUUUGCAACUAGUGGAACAACUUUGGCUUUAUUCAUUGUGCAAAGUAAAUAGUUUUCUCGUUUUCAUAGCAGCUAGUGAAUUGUAUUUCCCAUUCAGUCUCCGAUUAGGAGCCUCAUCGUGUGAGCCAGCACAGGCAGGAUGCAGGAACAACCACAAAACCACAGAUGAAAUGCAAAGAGUAAAUUUAUUUCCAUUACCUUGCAAACCAGGGUAUCUCCGAAGUAGCACCUGGGCAGAGGCACGCAAACAGGAGCACAGACACCAUGGAGCUCAGUCUUUGCAGGAGAAUAUUGCUGAACCUGCUGGGUCUGGCUGUAUAGCAAGGAUUCACACAGGUGUAGUUUUCCACUGUGCUUUGAUCUUUCCCACAGCAGUGCAAUAAUCUUGAGCAUGUUCACGAGGGUGCCUCCAGGUUUAUUGCAGGCCUAUGUUAUCCCAAUACAGAGGUUCUGCUUGUCAAGCACACAAGACUUAAACAGGGUUUACUACCAUAUAUUUUUUUUCCUACACUCCAGCUGCAAGUCACUUGGGUGCAUUUACAAUCCUCCUUGUAAUCUGCCCUUACAUUCCCACACUCAUUGAUGUGGUCUCAGGAAUGAAGCUCUCUAGAUAUAAACGAGUUGUGGAGCUGAGCUCUAAAUGUUAAGAAAAGGCAUUUAUUUCUUCACUUUU